ACAGUGAAGGGAGAAGGGGGAGCUCGAGGGAGAAGAGGGGAAGAGAGGAGGGGACGACGCGGCUGGGUCCUUCCCGCCGUCGUCGUUGUCGUUGAGGCGCCGGAGGAGAGAGAGAUUUGCUUUGCAGAGGCGUUGAGGGAGAGAGGGAGCCGCGCUCUGCUGCCGAUCCGCCACCGAACUGCCGCACGCGGGGAGCCAUUGCCAUCGCGAGCUGUAGCGCCGCACAGUCCAGCCACCGUGACCUCCGUAGAGCCACCGUCGUUGCGCUGUUCCGCCGUCACCGCUGUUGCCCUAGAGCUCGCCGUCGUCAUUGAGCAGGACGGAGAUGAGAGAGAGCGCGAGCGAGAGAACAGAGAGUCUUAUUGAAGACCUCCCUUUGAAGGUGUAAAGUGUACAACCUUUAGACUCUGGUAUUUUACCUUAAACUUUUGAUUUUCAGUGCUUCUAUUUGCAUUUACAUUGUAGUUCACAAUUAACAAAACUAUUAUUAGUAUUUUUUUUCCAGCUUCUAAUGAAAAAUUUGAAUCUCUGAGACUUAAUAAGUAUGUUCCAUCGUGCAUUGAACCUCUGGAAGUCAUGAUUCAGUAUGGUAAAGAUUAUGAAUUUGAUGCUCCAGUGAAGCUCCUAGAGAAACAUCUACAUGCUAUGGCACAAUCUGUUGAUGAGCAACUUCUUGUUAUUGCUUUCAAUGAUAAGCCUGUGAAGAAUUUGAAGGGCUUGGCCACCAUGGUUGAGAACUGUGAUGAUGAGUUUCUAAAGUUUGAUCUGGAAUACCAACAGGAUGUGACAGCAACUAAAAGAAAUGAAUUUGAGGAUUAUUUUUUGAAGCGAGAGUUGCUCAUGGGAAUAUAUGAGAAGGGUUUUGAAAGGCCUUCUCCUAUCCAAGAAGAAAGCAUUCCAAUUGCUCUUACUGGUAGUGACAUUCUUGCAAGGGCUAAAAAUGGGACAGGCAAAACAGCUGCAUUUUACAUUCCUGCAUUGGAAAAAAUUGACCAGAAACAAUCUAUUCUGGCAUAGUUCAAAUUGUAUUGCUCUCACGCCUGUGGAACAAUUUUGUUAAUAGUGUCUACUUAGUGUUAGUAUAUAUAUUAUUGUAUAAAACUAAGAUUAAGACAAGUGUAUUUACUCAACUAUAUUGAUAUGUUAGCUGGUUACUUUAAUCACAACUUAUCUUAAUUGUUGAUUAUCA